UCGUGGCAAUAUGGCGGAAGGCGAGGGUAAUAACGAUAUUGUGGAAAGUUCUCAUGAUUUAACCAUUACUGACGACCAAAACGCUUCUGGGGAGACCGAAGGAGCUUCAGAAAUAGGAGAAAAAGAACUACCGUAUAAUUAUGGAUUUUCCUUACCGGAAUACUACAAACUUAGCCUACAGUAUUAUCACAAAGAAAAGCAAAUAAUAAAGCUUACUUAUGAUGACAAAGUUCAGCUGACUGCAUAUUGGAAACAAGUUUCAAGUGGAGCUUUUGACCCUGAAAAGUACCCAGAUGUAGGAUAUUUUGAUGUUAUUGGCAAUGACAGGAGGAGAGCAUGGGAGAGCCUCGGUAACAUGGAGCCUAGGGAAGCCAUGAAGAAGUUCUGUACAUUACUAGGGACAUGUUCACCUGAGUUAGCUCCUUGGAUGGAAGCACAACAAAAAGAAAAAGAAGAAAAGGAAAGAAUGAGAAAGGAAGAAGAGGAAAGACUGCGAAGGGAAGCAGAGGAAGCUGCAGAGAGAGAGAGGCAGAGACUAUUGGAAGAGGAAAUGAGGAGAAAAGCUGAAGAAGAAGAGGAGGAAAGGAGAAAACAAGAAAUUAUUCUGAGGCAGCAGCAAGAGGAACAACUCUUACAACAACAGCAACAACAAAUGUUGAAUAAGCAGCAGCAAUAUCAACAACAACAGACACCAGAUCAACAGCCCAAGACAAUGGCAGUGAAUGGCACCCCAAGGAUAGCACCCCCUUCAUUAUGGACGCGUCCAAAAGUCCAAGAGUUUAUUCAACAUCUCAAGUCUGAUCCUACUUCUGUGUUAGUUGUUGGACGUGGGGAGACGAUGACAGUUCGUGUACCUACACAUGAAGGGGGAACAUGUGUAUUUUGGGAAUUUGCCACUGAAUUCUACGAUUUAGGCUUUGGAGUCAGCUUUGAAUGGUCGCAACCGCAAACCAAGAACAUCACCGUCGCGGUGAACGAAUCUGACGACGAGGAAUUCGGAGAAGAGGAUAAAUCGGCUGAAAACGAGUCCAGUCCCCCCAAACCAAGAGUAGACGAAGUACUGCCUGUCGUACGGAGGCCUUGUAACGAGGAAGUGAUUAUUGGAAGUCACUUAUAUCCAGGCCGCGGCGUGUAUCUUCUCAAGUUUGAUAAUUCAUAUUCACUGUUCAGGUCAAAGACUUUGUAUUACCGAGUUUACUACACUCGGUAAUGCAGGGAUGGAGACAGACACUUUCGCGAGAGACGCUGAACGGAGCUCACAACGGUAACUAAUUUCACAAAGCGAGAACAUUUUGAAGAGUGUCUCAAAUUAUAACCUUUAUAAUAUAUCAC